CAACAGAAUAAGAUCAAACUUUGAUAAGUCUUGCUUUGUAUUGCUUGCCUUGUUUACAUCUCUUUGUAGAAGAGAACAUCAUGUUAUGCUUUCUUUGGAUCAUGUUUCCAAUCUUUGCACUACUGGUGGACGCUGGAGGAGCGGGGUCGGGCAGCGCAGAGGCAAAGGCUGGUGGCGGCAAUGGGAAGGCUGGCGGAGGGGUGAAAGGAGGAGUGAUGGGUAAUGUUGCCAACCAGGGGGCUAUGAAUGGUGUCAUGAUGAACGGGCAACCCUUUCUAGCCCAGGUCAUCCCAGUUGGUGGGUCAUUCUUGAUUCAACAGCCGGGUGCUCCUAUUGGUCAGGCUGCUGUACCUCAGUUGGUCUCCAUUGGACCAUUCCGGCAGUUUGGAGCACUUCCCGUAGGGCAGGCUGGAGCAGCCAAUGGGGUGCCACAGCUACAGGGACAGCUGCCUCAGCUACCCAAUGGGGCAGUACCACUGUAUGCCAUACUGCCCCAGCCCAAUGCCAUGGGAGGUCCCCAGGCUCCAGUGUUCAUCCCUGCUCAAGUACAGAUGAUCCCGGUGGGAGGGGGGAACAUGCAGCAGCCAGGAGCAGCGCCCAGGGGAGCUGCCAAAGUCAAGAGGUGGCUAGUUGGAGGUGAGGUGGAAGAGUCUUCAGGGACAGGUACUACUAUGGAAGUCAAGCAGACCUCUUGAAACAUCUACAUUUAUCAUUACUGAUGUGGUUCUUUGUUUAACUGAUUGGACCAUAUCUGUGUUGGUAACCUAUUUUGAUUAAAUCAUUUUUCUGUAAAGUCAAUGGAUUUAAAUAAAUGAUUAAAGAGGAAUUGA